AUGAUUCCCCCCUCGAUCUACCUAAUUACCGGUGCCAACCGUGGUAUUGGCAAGGGCUUUGUGCAGCGAAUUCUUCAAAAGCCUUCCACCACAGUAGUUGCCGCCGUCCGCGACCCUUCUCAUCCAACGUCCAAGGCGCUUGUCGACCUGCCCAAGGGCGCUGACACGAAGCUCAUCAUCGUCAAGCUUGACUCUGCCAUAACGACCGACGCCGCCAAGGCUGUAGCGUAUAUCCGCAGCCAGGGCAUCACGUCUCUGGAUAUCGUCAUCGCCAAUGCCGGCAUCGCCCAGGACGGCACCAGCGUCCUGAGCACGUCAGUCGCGAACACCCUCAAGCACUUUCAAGUCAACGCCCUCGGCCCGCUGACCCUUGUGCAGGCGACUGCCGACCUGCUCAAGGCUAGCAAGACUGUGGCUCCCAAAUUUGUCGUGAUAUCCACCAUCAUUGGCUCGAUCAGCUCACAGGAGAUCUUCAGCCACUUUCCCAAGACGUCGAGCCCGUACGGCGCCAGCAAGACGUCUCUGAACUGGUUCAUUCGUCUCUUGUCCUUCGAGGAGCCUUGGUUGACCAGUAUCCUGUUCCACCCCGGCGUUGUAGAGACGGAUCUUACAGUGGCAAGCGGCAUGGACCUCAGGGCUCUCGACGCCAUCUCGGUGGAGGCAAGCGUGGCGAACAUGGUCGAGACGACCUUUGCAUUCGAGCACAAGGAAAUCACUGGAACAUUCCGGAACCAUGAUGGUGCUAUUAUUCCGUGGUAG